AUGUGCGCAGCCCUGGUGUUAGAGCGCAAGCCGCUGCCGACGUCGCCACCUCCAUACGACAUCCACGUCGACUCCGAUGAGCCUGAUGGUGCAGAACCACUGGUCAUGGGAGCGUCGAAGCGCAAGCCGCUGAAGAAGACCAAGACGCGCAAUGCUGUGGCAUCCAGCUCCAAGGUCAAGGGUGGCGAGGAGGUCGAGGCGACGAAGCAGAAGGUGACCGUCACACCUGAUGAAGCCAAUGCUGAAGGUGAGGCCUCGGUGGAGAAAUUGUCGAAGUCCAAGCGCGCCACCAAGUCCGCCACUGCCACUGGAGCCGUGGCUCCCUCAAACUCUGGUGAGGUCGCCAACUCUGGUGAGGUCUCCAAGUCUGGCGCGCCUGCCAAGUCUGGUGCGGUCACCAAACCUGGCGAAGGUAAGAAGUCAGGACCCAAGCCAAAGCCGGUGAGGAGCCAAAACUCAGGUGCACAAGAUGGUGGCGAGGUCACCAGGACCUCAGUACGUGAGGCGGAUGAGGUCCCGCCUGCCAAGUCUGUUGCGAAGGAGGGCGGGCAGAUGACAAGGGUGGCGAUGGGAGGUCGCUCGGGCCCAAUGGUGCCCGUGAUCACCAGGAAGGCGAAGGCGAGUGCUCCGAAGGCAGCAGCCAAGAUGCCUCUGGCGGAAGGCGAUGACAUAAAGGAAGUCGCCAGGCUGGCAAUGGAGGCGGUGCAGGCUAUGGCCUUCCAAACAGGGCCAGCUGCUCCGCUGCAAGCUAGCAGCAGCAAGCGCAUGCUGACACCAGUCGCCAAUGAACCAGAGGAUGCGCCAGAGUAUCAGGCAGAGGUGGUGGAGGAUGAGCGCGUGUCCUUGGAGCGGCCACAUGACGAUUGGCGGCAUUCACUGCUGAUGCCCCACGAGACGAGCGCAGGAGCUGCCGAGGUGGCACAGGAGGUGACGCCCUCCCUGGAGAUAUCCAAGGUGUCGAAGGGAGCGAAGUCCUCCGCAUUGGCGAAGGCGGGACACGUCGAUGAAGGGCGAAGGCCAGCAAAGAAGGGCACCACACUGGACCGUAAGGCAGCAAAGAAGGAGGCGGAGGCGAAAAGGAAUGCGAAGGCGAAUCACCUCAGAGCAGUGCCUCCAACCAGCAAGGCACCCCACUUGCGUAAUGUCCAGCGAGUGUCUACAGGAAGUCUCGCUCCGUUGAACGAAGGCGACACCCCCAGUGGGGAAGAAACCUCACAGUCAUCCAACGAUGACUGCGCAAAUUGUGCCGAGUUGCGACAGGAGUUCCUGGCACACAAGGACGGGAUGGAAGUCCAAUUCCAGGAGAGGAUGGCGGACCUCAACACCGUCAAGGUGGAGAUCACAGCGGUGCUCCAGCAAAUCAACCCACCAUCCACGCUUCAAGAAAAUGCCCAGAGCAUUUGCGAAGAGGUCAAGUUGGCCAUGGAGGAGUUUUGCAGGCCAGUCACCAUCGAGCUACAGGAGAGCGUGAAGUUGGCAGUGGCGGACCUCAUCACCAAGCGACAUUGCCUGCCAGAGCUCAAGGAGAAGGUCAACAGGUUGGAGCAAGGCGCGAACCAGACAGUGAGCCAGGCGGACGUCGAGAAGCUGCAGGAGGCGAUCGCUCAAGCGAGCAAGCUGGAGAUGGAAUUGGUGCUCGCCAAAGAGGAUUCGAUGGCGGUGGCGACGUCCACUUUGGAUGAAGUGAAGAAGGUGGGGAAGGAGGUGGUGAUGGCGAGAGAGGAAACCUCGCUGGUGGCGAAGUCUUUGGAUGCAUUCCAAGAGAAGGUCGACUCUGCCAUGGAUCCCGUACCUCAACCGACUCUUGCACCAAUCGUACCCGAUUACAUACCACCGAUGGCUACAGUUACCAUGGAUGAAGGACGUCACCAUGUUAGCCAGAAGGAACUUGGUUUUAGAAAACCCGAGAUCUUCAACGGUUCAGACCGUUCGAAGCUUAGGGAAUUUAUAAACCAAUGCAAGAAUUACAUGGCCGGAAAUAGCCAUGUCUACCAGGAGGACAAUCAGAAGAUCGCAUUCAUGCUAUCGCACAUGCAAGGAGGAACAGCAGGAUCAUGGGCACAGAGCUUCAUAGAAACGGAACUCACCAAUGACAACUUCCUUUCUUAUGGGAGUUGGAGAGACUUCAUUGUGAGUGUGAACAAAGCAUUUGGCGAUGAAAAUAUUGAAGAAACCGCUCGUACCUUGCUGCGUAACAUCAAGCAAGGAACUCGUACUGCGGACGACUACAUUGCCGAAUUCCGAUCGCUUGAAUCCAAGGCGAAACUAGAAGAUGCCGGAAAUAUCGAGUAUUUCAAGUGGGGGCUUAACGACCCACUCCGACAAAGGAUAUAUGGGAUGGAAAGCAUGCCCAAGACACUUGACAAGUGGUAUGAAUACACCUCGCGGUUUGACAACCAAUGGAGAUCUGCUCAGAUCUUCAAGCGAGGAGCCACUACGAUAACACAAGGAAAAGGCCGACCUGUCCAUCAUCCCUACUACUCGGCUUCUGCAAAGGAUCCAAACGCGAUGAAUGUUGACUGUGUCAAUAUCUCGCGCUUAUCCCCGGACGAGCGACAGAAGAGAAUGAAAGAAGGAUUAUGUUUCCUAUGCGGAAAGAAGGGCCAUAUAGCCAACGACAGACAAUUCCACCCCCAGUCUGGAAGUUUCACCCAUGCUAGAAUGAUACAGCCUGGGUUGGACACAGACACGAUCACAUGGAUCAAGAAGAUGCGAGAAGACCUCGCACAGAAGAAGGAGACGUCGAAGGAAGAAACCAGAGAGAAACAGAUCGCCUAUGUCGGAAAUUCAAUCACUGUGAAUAUUUCGUUGGGAGAAAAGGAAGACGUUACAACAGAAGCCUUGAUCGAUUCCGGUGCAGCCGAAACGUUCAUGAACAUUCAUUUUGCGGAAGAAAACGAUUUCAUCAAAUGGGAAUUACCGAAACCGAUUAAAGUCAUGAAUGCAGAUGGCACACCAAAUCAAAUGGGUACCAUUACUCAUUGUACCUGGAAGAUGAUGAAAAUUGGAGGAAGGAAGACACUUACUCGCUUCCUCUUGACCGGCAUUGGCAAAGAAAACAUACUUCUCGGCAUGCCGUGGCUUAAACACCUCAAUCUGAUGAUCAACUGGGAAACCGGUGACUUUUGGUUUGGUAAAGACGCCAAAUGGCCACCAAAACCCACCGUCGAAGAUGCACCAGAUGAAGAAGUUUCGAUUUUCAAGGAAGAUGAACUCCCAGAGUUAAUCAACACCAGAACUUCCCCUACCUCGUUUGGGCGUUCGGAAUCUAUCAGAGAAAUCAUGGCCGAUAACACUGAGCGUGGCGAGUUACCCGCAGUGCGGAAUGAUAUCGAACCAGACGACCCACCAUUAGAAUCCUCUAUGGAUCAAUUUGAUGACGACGAUUUAGUUAUCUCCUAUAUUGCAGAAGAACCAGUUAUUGAAAUAUUUGAACCCAUCAGGAAGGAGUCACCUUUGACGAAUGAAGAGACUGAAACUGCAGUCUUCACCAUACGAAGAGGCCCCGCCAUUGGAAGAAUCACACACAGUACUCAAUCCCCAUUAUUCUGUAAUGCACAGAAUACGGUCUUUUACAAACCAUCUGGUAAAUCACAAGAAUUGGCACAACAGGCACACAAGGAAGCAUCAGCUGUAGACAAACCCAAAACCGUCAAGGAGUUGGUCCCCAACUACCUCCAUGAUUUGAAGUCCGUCUUUGAAAAGAAAGCGGCUGAACGCUUUCCAGAAACCAGGCCUUGGGACCACGCCAUUGACUUGAAACCCGAUUUUAUUCCACGCGACUGUAAAGUCUAUCCAUUAUCGCUCAAAGAACAAGGAGUGAUGGAUGACUUCCUGGAAGAAAAUCUGCAAAAAGGAUACAUCCGACCAUCGAAAUCUCCCAUGGCUUCACCAUUUUUCUUCGUAGGAAAGAAAGACAGAGCACUACAUCCCUGUCAGGAUUACCGAUACCUGAAUGAAGGGACGGUGAAGAACGCCUACCCUCUUCCGCUCAUCUCUGACCUUAUGGAUCAAUUCAAAGGCGCAUCGAUCUUUACGAAAAUGGAUUUAUGCUCCGGAUAUAACAAUGUCAGAAUCAAAGAUGGUGACCAAUGGAAGGGCGCAUUUAAGACAAAUCGCGGACUUUUCGAACCUAUGGUCAUGUUCUUUGGACUCUGCAACUCCCCGGCGACUUUCCAAAUGAUGAUGAAUGCACUCUUCAAGGACAUGAUCGAUGAGGGAUGGAUAGUCAUUUACAUGGAUGAUAUCCUCAUCUUCUCAAAUGAUUUGGAAGAACAUCACGUUCGAACCCGAUGCGUACUCCAACGACUCAAAGACAACGACUUAUUCCUUAAACCGGAAAAGUGUUUCUUUGACGUUAAAGAAGUCGAAUUCCUAGGCAUGAUCAUUCGAGAAAAUUACAUUGGCAUGGACCCUAUCAAACUUAAAGGAAUUGCAGAAUGGCCUGAACCAAGCACGGUAAAAGGUGUUCGCUCUUUCCUAGGGUUUGGAAACUUCUAUCGGAAGUUUAUUGCCAACUUCUCGGAUAUUGCCAAACCAUUGACGAAUCUUACGUGCACUGCCGCUGGAUCUUCACCUUUUGAAUGGACGACAGAAUGUCAGACAGCUUUCGACACAUUGAAGCAACGAUUCAGUACCGCCCCAGUACUGUUACUGCCUGACAAGGCAAAACCCUUUAUUGUUGAAUCCAACGCUUCAAAGUUUGCUAUGGGUGCAGUUUUACGCCAAGCCGACAUCAAUGGAGACCUCCAUCCUUGUGCCUACAUUUCACAGACGCUCAAUCCAGCUGAACGGAACUACGAAAUCUACGACUGCGAACUCCUCAGAAUUAUUCGAGCCCUCACUGAAUGGCACCAUUAUCUUGAAGGCUCUCCCCAUCCCGUCGAAGUUCGCAGUGAUCACAAGAACCUCACGUACUUCUGUACAGCUCAGAAGUUAAACCGCCGACAAGCACGAUGGAGUCUCAAAUUAUCACAAUUUGAUCUUCACCUCAUCCAUGUCCCUGGCACUCAGAUGAUCCAAUCUGAUGCGCUAUCUCGUCGUAACGGACUCGAUGACAGUGAAAGUGACAACGAAGAUCGCAUUCUUUUACCCAACGCACUAUUCAUGCGAUCCAUUUCCCCAACACUAUUCGAUGAAAUCAGGAAUCACGCAGCAAAAGACCUCAUUGUUCACGAAGCCCUCGAAGCGAUUGCGCACAAAGGGCCAUUCCCCAUGAAAUCAUCGCUUUCCGACUGGGAAGUCCGCGAUGGUGUCAUCCUCUACAAGGGAAAGAUCUACGUUCCACCAUCCGAAACUCUUCGUCGUGACCUCGUUCGACUACAUCACGACUCCCCUGCCAUGGGUCACCCUGGAAAGUUCAAUACUCUUGAACUGUUACGUCGUGAAUUCUGGUGGCCCGGCAUGUAUACAUUUGUCUACAAUUAUGUUGAAGGCUGUGCCGCCUGUCAAAAAAUGAAACCGAAUACUCAUCCAACUCGUAUUCCUUUGGAACCAAUUCCCGCCGACCCACACGCAUUACCAUUUUCCUGUUGCACCACCGAUUUUAUUACCGACCUCCCCGUUUCCAACGGUUUUGAUUCAAUUAUGGUCAUAGUAGACCAUGACCUUACGAAGGGGGUGAUUCUUACGCCCUGCCUCAAAACGAUCACAGCCGAAGGAACAGCCAAGAUUUUUCAUGACAAAGUAUACUCGCGAUUUGGAUUACCCGACCGAAUCAUCUCGGAUAGACGACCUCAAUAUGCAUCCAAGGUCUUCCAAGAGUUAAAUCGACUACUCCAGAUCAGAUCAUCAAUGAGCACAGCUUAUCACCCUCAGACAGAUGGAGAAACAGAGCGAGUCAACCAGGAGCUGGAAAUCUAUCUUCGACUCUAUUGCGGAAACAACCCUGAAACAUGGGCCGACCGCCUGCCAGACCUCGAGUUUUGUCAUAACACAAGGGAACACUCAGCACGGAAGAUGAGCCCAUUCCGCAUCAUGAUGGGAUACGAACCACGUGGACUCCCUUCCAUAUUCCCGACCACGAACAUUCCAUCGGUUGAAUCCAGGCUUGACAUGUUGCAGAAGAUAAGACUAGAAGCACUAGCCAUGCACGAGUUAGCCCGACAACAGAUGGCGGACCGAGUCAGACAAGGAUCGCCGAAGUUUGCAUUAGGACAGAAGGUCUGGCUAGACUCGAGGAACCUAAAGGUCAAUUACGCCUCGUGCAAGAUAGCACCAAAGCGUGAGGGGCCAUUCGAAAUUGUCGAAGUCAUCGGACCAGCCAACUAUCGUCUCAAACUCCCGAAGACCUGGCGAGUUCAUUCCGUAUUCCACGCCGCCCUUCUAUCUCCUUAUCGCGAAAACGACAUACAUGGUCCGAAUUACGUGAACCCACCACCUGAUGUCAUUGAUAACGAAGAAGAGUAUGAAGUCGAAGCCAUCCUGAAUCACAAGAUGUACCGAGGUCAUCUGAGGUACUUAGUCAAGUGGAAAGGAUACUCUUCAGCACAAAACUCGUGGGAACCUACCCACAAUUUACAGAAUGCCAAGUGA